AUGCUUCUGGUAUGGAUAGUGCUAAUUGUCCAGAUAGUUCGGUGUUACGGCCUGCAGUCGAACAAUUGCGGCUUUAACUCAAUGUGUACGUGCUCCCCGGACCAACAUGACCUCAGUGCCAGAACUAUUCACAGCGUCAGUUGCCUGUCGGUGCCGUUUUACAAGUUCCCAAACUUACCCGAGGGCAGCAUCAGCCAACUGGAGGUGGUGGGAUCGAAGACGGCCGUCCUGGAGGCUGAGAGCCUGGCCGGAUGCCAAGUGCAGGCUCUCAUUCUGACCAAUAACCAGCUGCAACACGUGGCGGAUCGAGCGUUCAGUUCGCUGUGGAAAAGCCUCACUUCCCUGGAUCUCAGCUAUAAUCAACUAGACAGCGUUCCUUUCGUCGCACUCAAAGAGCUGCGGAGCUUGCAGUGGAUUAAUUUGCACGGAAAUCAAGUAUCGUCUAUAAACGGGGAAUGGUCGCACAUCAAGAAUACAGUAGCGACACUUUUCCUCGGAGAAAACGACAUUACAGAAAUUCCGAACGAGACGUCCGAUCACAUCGCGAAAAAUCAACACGGUCUGCGGCAGUUCAAGUCUCUCAUUUGGCUCAACCUGGACGGAAACAGAAUAUAUAAAAUCCAUAAGCAUUCUCUUCCGCUUACCCUCCAGACCGCCAGUAUCUCGCAUAAUUUGAUUGAAAACUUUCCUCUCGACAUCAUCACCGCUCUACCUCAUUUGCAAUGGCUGUAUUUACGGGGGAACCACAUAAAAACUAUACCUGAGCACACAUUCGCCAGGAAGUUGUGGCUGGAGAAAAUCGAUCUGGGAGAGAAUUACCUCAAAACUAUACCGCGGUUUCCGUUCAACAACUCUGUGUGUAUAAGAGAUUUGAAUUUGGCUUUUAACGACUUCAGGAUGCUCUCGGCGGAAACUUUCUCGGGACUUCAAACGGGAAGGAUAAUUCUUUCCUACAAUUUACUCGAAAAUAUUGACAUAAACGCCUUUGCUGGUAUCGACGAAUCUUUGGAAUACUUGGACUUUGAUCAUAAUAACUUCCAGCACAUACCGCGAGCAGUCAGUCAGCUCAAGUCCCUUAAAUACCUCUACUUAUCGUCAAACUCGAUUAGCGAGAUACCAGACGGAGCUUUUGAAAACUUCUGCCAUAGCCUGAAGGCUCUAAGUCUAAGCGGAAAUCAUUUAACAAGAAUCCCGUCGGAAACAUUACAGAACUGCUCGAAAAUUUCCCAUUUUAAUAUCGCCUUCAACGAAAUUUACGACAUCAACGAAAACGACUUUUCUAAUUGGGGUUAUAAUAUCAAGAGCCUAAUUUUGGGCAAUAAUCGUAUCACUAGUUUAAAAAGUCAGAUAUUCGCCGACCUAAAAGAACUAAAAGAACUUAGCCUAAGUUUCAACCCAUUAAGAAUAAUUGAUACAGAUGCCUUCGUUGGCCUGGAAGGCUUAGAAAGUUUAGAAAUAUCCUUCGGGAUGGAUCGUGAGGAUCUCCCCCACGAAAUUUUCAAACCCUUAACAAACUUAAAAUGGCUCUCCAUCGACCACAAUAACUUCCACACGGCGCCCGAACUAUCCCUCGAUUCCCUUCUGGAACUGAAAUAUCUUAAUAUGGAGUCUAAUAAACUUCGAUCGAUCCCAGUCAAACUCCUCAAGUCCGGCGUUCACUCUAAAUUAAAAGACAUACGCCUGUCCAACAACGAAAUAACAUUCAUUGAAACAGGCACCUUUCGUUCGUUAAAUAGUUUGGAAACGAUUCUUCUGUCAGGUAACAAAAUUAAGUAUGUCCAGGGCGAAAGUUUCUCUGACCUGCCUAGUCUCAACAAACUGAUUCUUUCCAAUAACUUUUUAAGUCGCAUUAGCCAUGGAGCGUUUUGUAAUUUACCCUCCCUCUCGAAAUUAGAUUUACAGAAUAAUUUAAUAUCGGAGAUAUCCUUUGGGUACUUCAUCAAUAUAUCGAACCCUCUUUUAUUAAAUCUAAGCAGAAAUCAAAUAUCGUCGUGUAGUUCAGAUUCGAAAAUUCUAACAGUGGAAGUUUUGGACUUGAGGUACAACAAUCUAGUUCAUAUUCCCAGAUGCCUGGAACAGACAGCUCUACUUAAGAAACUCUACUUAGAUUUUAAUAUUAUAAAUUCGUUAGAGCAUAACAACUUCAUGCAUCUGACGUCAUUAGAGCAUUUAAGUUUGCAGCAGAAUAACAUCAUGGCUGUUAGCAGGAAAGCUUUUUUCGGUUUGCAGAAUCUGCAGGUCUUGGAUCUGUCCAGGAACUUAAUAGGCCAAUUACACACAAGCCAAUUUGCGAACAUGCCAAAGCUGCGUAUUUUAAAUUUAAGUGGGAACAGUUUAAAUUACCUCCCCAAGGACAUAUUUAGCAAUACAUUACUAGAAAUGUUGGAUCUCAGUUAUAAUUUGUUUGUAGUUGUCCCAAGUCUGAGCAUCUCAGACGUCGGUAUAACUUUGAGACACUUGUCUAUGCACUCCAACAACAUUGAACAUAUAGACAUAACAACUUUUCCGGACAUCCCUUCGUUACAGCAUCUAGAUUUAAGUAAUAACAAGCUAGCUAUACUGCCCGACAAUGUUUUUACAAGUUUAGGGUUGUUGCAAACUCUUGACCUAAGUUUUAACCCUCUGCGUGCCAACUUCAAGGAACUAUUUCACUAUGCUCAAAGUUUGAAACAUCUUAAUCUAGCUAAUUCCGGAAUUACCUCGACCCCACAUUUACCCUUACCUAACUUGAUUCAUUUAAAUCUUUCACAUAAUCACAUCGAGGCUAUUAAUAAAAAUUCGGUGCAGGAAUUAUCAAAACUGAAGUCGCUCGAUUUGAGUCACAACGAUUUAUAUCAGGUUCCCUCCCACUUGUGGAUCCAUCUGCCAAAUUUGAAAAUACUGGAUUUAUCUUACAAUCCGAUCAAAGAACUUGUGGUGGACAAUUUUUACGGUUUAACGAACCUGCAGGAAUUAAAUAUACAAAAUUUGAAGUACUUGAAUAAGUUCGAGAGCAAGAGUAUACUGCAGCUUAAAGUAUUAUCUACAUUAGUGAUGCAAACUUGGCCAAAGAUAGAUCACUUUUCCGAUCAGUUUUGUCAUAUGUUGUCACAUCUGGACCAGCUAAGGAUACUCAAAAUUCAUUUCACUGAAACUAGACUGGAUGACCAACUGCUGUGUAUUAGAAACAGAAAAAUUAGACAUCUAGAAAUCACCGGAAGGAAUCUCAAAUUCAUCGAUAAAGAUGCUUUCGCUACGUUUACCAGAAAUCCGGACCUUAUUUUAAAAAUUCAUGGCACGCAAAUAGAAGAGUUGCCCGCAGGACUAUUCUCCAACAUGUAUAAAAUAUCGUACUUGACGAUCGACUUAAGGUACAAUAUGUUGUCGUACUUAAACCCUGAAAUCUUUUAUGGGAAUUCUACGACGUGGAAGAAUGUCGGGACCACACUGAUAUCAGGUGGCCUGUCCAUAUCCGACAAUCCCUUCCGAUGUGGUUGUCAUCUGGCUUGGUUAGGCCAUUGGUUGAGACGCUGGACCAGAGAAAGUCUGCAGUCUCACAAUGCCGCGGUUGAGACAGCCAUAAGGAUGCACGAAAUGGUGAAAGAAGCCACGUGCGUCGAUAUGACAACAGGGAUUCGGAUACCCAUAGUACAACUACCACCAGAGGACAUGAGUUGUCAUGCAAGUGCUCUAAGUGAAGCAUCAAAUUUCAGUGAAACAUCUGUGAUGUUGGUUCCAAUUUUGUUUGUUGUAACUUUUUUAAAUUUGUGUUAAUUUAGAACUAGGUAUAGAUGUAAAUUGUCCUUGGUCUGCGACUUUGAAUUCGUAAAUAUCUUAAUUAUAUCAGCAAAAUCUA